AUGAUAUCACAAUUCCUCCAUAAGGAACUACCUUCUCAAUCAUUUGUAACUUUAGGUCGAUGUUCCAUGGAGUAUAUAGGAGAUGGACAGAUUAUAGGACCAGAAGAAGGUGUAAUGCAAAAUGCUGAUAGCCGAAGUGAAUGCUUAGAAAUAUGUCUGGAAGAUGUUGAUAAGACAAAGCAAUGCUUUGCUGUUGAAUACUCGCUGGAAUGGGGAUGUAAAACAUUUUCUACGAGCAAUAUCACCAACUUUCUUACCGGUGUUCAGUCUAGUAAAACCAGAGACCAGUUGACGGGGAUGUAUCAAAAGAUAUGCUUUGAAGGAGCAAUAAAGAGAGAAGAAACUACUGUUAUCCAGAGAGAUUCUUCUGGAACGCCACUUAAAAACUGUACAGAUUAUCUUCCUUUACAAGAAAGUGGAACGACAACACCAGAUCCAGUCAGUGAUUCAGUUCAUUUACAAAGUGACUGGACUACAGCUGAUUUAACAUCAAUACUAUUUAAAGAUGCUACUACAUACUCAAGUGCUGCCAUGACAUCAUCACCAUUUCAAGAUGCCACCACAUCAUUAAGUUUCAUCUUGUUACCAACAUCAUUAGAAGAUGCCAACACAUCACCAAGUGUCAUCUUGUUAUCAACAUCACUUCAAGAUGCCAACACAUCACAAAGUACUGCCUUGACAUCAACACCAUUUCAAGAUGCCAACACAUCACCAAGUACUGCCAUGACUGCCGUUUUGAGCGGAACAAAAGGAGUGAUGAGCAGUAAGACAUCGGAGGAAACAUCAUUUUCAACUUUAGAAUCAACUGUACCAGUAAACCAAGAUUCUACGGCAGUAUUGAAUUUGACUGACUUGUCAACCGCAUCAAACUCAACAGUCGGACAGUCAGAGAUGACAGCUUCAUAUAACGGAUCGACCCAACUAUAUUGUGCAUGUACUUGUGAAGUAGUUUUGAUGGAAAAUAUAGACGACGAAGUACAGAAAACUCGACAAAAACUUCGGAUUUUGAGGACAAAAACAUCCGCUGCUCGCCGUGCAAAAACGUCCGCUGAAGAUGACAGACCGUCUUCAAAAGCAAUUGGCUCUUUUGGUAUUAUAGUCUUAGCCAGUGUAUUAACUCUUAUCAUGUUCGGGGACAUAACUCGAGUGAUCCAAUGUUUCUCUAGUGAAUAUUCAUCACGACGAUAA